AUGACAAUGACUCAAAGACAGCCAAUUCCUGUUACAAUUCUUUCUGGUUUUCUGGGUUCUGGUAAGACCACUCUCUUGGAGAGAAUUCUCACUGAGAACCAUGGAUUGAAAAUUGCUGUUAUCAUAAAUGAUAUGUCGCAAGUGAACGUGGAUGCGGCACUGGUCCAGCAGCAUAAAGUUUCCAAUCAAGAAGAAAAACUGAUUCAAUUACAAAACGGAUGCAUUUGUUGUACUCUAAGAGGAGAUUUGCUUGAAGAAUUGCUAGGUUUAUCCGAACAGGGUGCUUUUGAUUAUAUCGUUAUCGAAUCUACCGGUAUUGCCGAGCCUAUGCAAGUAGCAGAGACCUUCUCGACUGAUUUCUCACAGGCUUUACUAGAUACCCCAGGUGGUAUACCAGAGAAUGAAGAAUUGUUACUGAAACGGGUGGUCGAACUCGGUGGUUUGGAGAAAGUCGCCAAGAUCGAUACUUGUGUCACUGUCGUGGACGCAGCAAAUUUCCUAUCAAACAUCGAGACAACUGAAUUUCUAGCUCAAAGAUUUGGUGAGAGUGGUCAGAAUGAGUCGGAACGUACAGUGACCAAUCUAAUGGUAGACCAGAUCGAAUUCGCGGAUGUUAUCAUCAUUAACAAGGUCUCUAGAGUCAAGAAGAAUGAUCUGUUGAAGAUCGGAAAGAUGAUUAGCAGCUUGAACCCGGUAGCUAAGAUUCUACGUUCAGACUAUUGUAAAGUACCAAUUAAAGAAAUUAUCAAUACCGGUUUGUAUGAUUUCGAAAAAGCUUCCUCAUCGGCGGGCUGGUUGCAAAGUAUCCACGAAAUGACCUUGAGAGAAGGUUUUGGUGAUAAGACUAAAAGUGUCCUGACGCCAAAACCCGAGACUGAAGAGUAUGGUGUCAACAGUUUUGUUUACAACUCAAGAAGACCUUUUCAUCCAGAAAGGUUGUAUUAUUUAUUAAAGGACAAGUUCUUUAUCAUUGAAGAAACUCCAACGGCAGAAGAAGAGACCGACAACGAAGAAGGUGAACAAGAAGAUGAAGAAGAGACUGCUAACGAAAAAGAUGAACAAGGAGAUGAAGAAGAGGACCAAGACGGAGAAGAAGAUGAAGUUAGCGAGGAAGAAUUGUUAAAGAACAAGAAAAGUUCACCUUUUGGACCGUUGCUUAGAUCGAAGGGGUUCUUCUGGUUAGCCACAAGACACAUAAUGAGGGGUGAAUGGUCAUCUGCUGGUCUCAUGUUGACUUUGAAAGGUGGUAUCCCAUGGUUUGAUGUCAGUGGCCUCGAAGGUAUCCCAGAAGAUACCGCAGAGAUUAUUCGCCAGGAAUUUGAAGAACCUCAUGGUGAUAGACGUAACGAAAUUGUUUUCAUUGGUCUUGGCAUUGAUAAAGAAGCACUCGCGAAAACCUUGGAUAGUUGUCUGCUGACUGAUAAGGAAUACGAGAAAUUCAUGAAAAUUAUCAGCCAAGAGAAAAACCUCCUGAAGGUCGAAAGAAAGCUCGCAAAUACCUUCGAUGACGGCUUCGAAGACUGGAUUUUGAUCGACGACGACGACGUAGAAGAAGAGGAAGAAGAGGAAGAAGAAGAAUAG